AGAAAGUGAUUGAUUUUUGCCAACAGGGAUGCCGGUUGACUGAAGAUGGCCUCGCCAACACUCUCGCUGGAAUCGCGCGCGAAUUCCAUCGGAUCCCUGGCCUCGCUGUCCCCGCUUACAGUGAGCGGCAGUUCCCCGCCUGCGAGCGACUCGGCGAUCUGCGACGUCGACAGCUGUGACCUUUGCCUCGACUUGCAAAAACUUGGAGAAGCACCCUGCCCGCGGUGCCGUUUAGGAGUCGUCAUUGGAGUCCGUUGUACCGGUUGCAAAUCAACCGAAUCCGACGCUGUAGCUCGUUGCUUCGACUGUGCGAAUUUCCUCUGUCCGAACUGCGUGAUGGCGCACCAAUUCAUGCACUGCUUCGAGGGCCAUCGCGUCCUAAAUUUGGGCGACUCGAAACUCGAAACGGUCACCACCACCAGCACCGCCAAUAACGAAAUCCCAAAGAACAAUCUCGUGAUCAGCAACGCGAACACCAACAGCGACAAAGUACCAUUAUGUCCACGACACAAACAGGAGUUGCUGAAGUAUUUCUGUCGCACUUGCACGGCGCUGGUUUGCAAAGAGUGCGGCAUCGCCGAUCAUCCGGGCCCGUUGCACGAAUGCGCGCACAUCUCCGAGAUAGGAACGCAGCAACUGGAAGCGAUGGGGCGAGUGGUUCAAGAGUGCAGAUCGAAAGCCGCGGACGUGAAAACCGCGGUGAAGGCGGCCGAUCACGGCGCGGCGCGGCUACAAGUACAAUACCAGAAAGCGCAGAACGAGAUCAACGAUACCUUUCAAUUUUAUCGAUCCAUGCUCGAGGAGCGUAAGCAGGAGCUGUUGAAGGAGCUCGAGUCAGUCUUCUCCACCAAGCAAAUAGCCCUGACCGUUUUAACGCAAAAGGCCAACGAGAUGGCGGACAAGAUGCUUCAGACCUGCGAAUUCGUCGAACGACUGACCAAGUACACUACCAUCACCGAGGUGCUGAUGGUAAAGAAGCUUCUCGACUCGAAGCUCCAAAUAUUGCUGAAUUACACGCCGGACUUCGGCGGCCACGUCGCCGAUCUCGAGUUCGUCAGCAACUAUCAGGCGAUUCAAGUGGGCGUGCGAAACACGUUCGGCUACGUUCGAAGCAACAACGAGAACAACGCGGGUCCGAUCGGUAAGCAACCGCCCAUCGCUCGGCCAACGACACUGUCGUCGAACAACGGUAACGGGGGCAGCAACGCCAACAAUGGGCCAGGCAGCGCCGGAUCCUUGGGAGGUCUUUUAUUGGACCGACCCUACAGCAACGGCCUGAUGUCGUCGGGGUCUUCGACCUGCACCGCGUCCUCGUCGCCGUCGUCGUUCGAGAGCAGCAGCACUGUCAUUACCAAGCGUUUCAGUUCGGCCAACAGUCUCGGCCCGUUCUCAACGACCAUCAGCGAUUUGAAUUUGAACGGUAUAAACGCGAACCCGUACGAGAAAUGGAGCAACGGGGGCAACGACGCCUAUCCGGUGGUUACCACGAACGAUCACUUCCCGAUGCCAGCGUCCGUCGCUGUCGCAGCGAACGCCGCGACCACCGAUUCCGUUCUCGACCUGACAUCGAAGCUCAUGUCCGCGGCGGUGAUAUUCCCGCCCAAGUCGCAGAUCAAGCGACAGAAGAUGAUCUAUCAUUGCAAGUUCGGCGAGUUCGGCGUGAUGGAGGGCCAGUUCACCGAGCCGUCGGGAGUGGCGGUGAACGCGCAGAACGACAUCAUCGUCGCCGACACGAACAACCAUCGGAUUCAGAUAUUCGACAAGGAGGGCCGAUUUAAAUUCCAAUUCGGCGAGUGCGGCAAACGGGACGGCCAGUUACUCUAUCCGAAUCGCGUGGCCGUUGUGAAGACGUCCGGCGACAUAAUCGUCACGGAACGUUCGCCGACCCAUCAAAUACAGAUAUACAACCAGUACGGCCAAUUCGUGCGUAAAUUCGGUGCGAACAUCCUUCAACAUCCGCGCGGCGUAACGGUGGACUCGAAGGGGCGCAUCGUCGUCGUCGAGUGCAAAGUGAUGCGCGUGAUCAUCUUCGAUCAGGCGGGCAUCGUUCUGCAGAAGUUCGGAUGCUCGAAGCACCUCGAGUUUCCAAACGGUGUUGUCGUGAACGACAAACAGGAGAUCUUCAUCAGCGACAAUCGCGCCCAUUGCGUGAAGGUGUUCAAUUACGAGGGCACCUACCUCCGUCAGAUCGGCGGCGAAGGGGUCACGAACUACCCGAUCGGGGUAGGGAUCAACGCCGUUGGCGAGAUACUGAUAGCAGACAAUCACAAUAAUUUCAAUCUGACGAUCUUCACCCAAGACGGCCAACUGGUUUCAGCUCUCGAGAGCAAGGUCAAGCACGCCCAGUGUUUCGACGUCGCUUUAAUGGACGACGGGUCGGUCGUGCUGGCCAGCAAAGAUUACAGGCUCUACAUUUAUCGUUACGUGCAAGUACCGCCGAUCGGCAUGUAGAGCAACGACAAGUCGCGACGCCGACAACGAUCGUCCAUCGUCGUUUUCAUCGUUGUCGUUGUCGUCGUUGUUAUUGUCGUAGCCGUUGCCGUUGCCGUUGCCGUUGCCGUUGCCGUUGCCAUCGUCACUGUUCCGACGGCCGCGAAACCAGGAUCUCAUACAUCUUUUUUUUAUUUAUACUUGCCUAUCUUCUUCUUCGUCCACUUAUCAUCACCACCGCUCGUGCUCACUUUACCUAUUCAUCUUCGCCCGGUUCCACCUCACUUCCGUUUUACGAAAUACGACCGAUCGCCAGGCGAAACAACAAAAUGCAAGCGUACGCGAGCGAAAACGCGACAGCUGUCGGAGUCCAGGAUGACAGCCCUUGUUUGUACGAACAUACAGACGCGCGUACGCGCGUGCUUACGUGCCACAUUCGAGAACGAACGUCUGCCACGCGGGUACGCGCGUUAGCGCUCCGACGAUCCUCUGAAUCCAUCCCGAGAAUUAUUCGAAGGGGACAUGGAGAAACAGAAAGGAAAGACGAACAGAAGACGAAAAAUAAAAAAAGAAACAAAAGACGGAAUGUGAAUUAUGAAAAAUAGAGAAGCAACGACGGGAAUAAUCAAGACGCUGAAGGCAAAUGAAAAAAAAAAAAAAAAAUGGCGCUUUGCGACACGCGCCCGCGUGCGCAAAUCUCACUCCGUAAGCGCGUACGCACGCGUGAUAUUUUGCCAAAUGAUCGUACGAAAAGGGAAAGAAAAAACGCAGACGAGUUUGGAAACGCAUCCCCCCCAUUUUGUUGCGUGCGCAAUGUGUACACUACACGCGCACGCGUGAAAAACGGAAGUUACAAGAGACGCGUAAGCGCAUUCACACAA